AUGAGGGAAAAAAAAUGGAGGUUUUGGAAGAGGUUGGCCUGUUUCCACUUCUCUCGCCCAAGAGCUGGGAAGAGUGAGAAAGCUCAGGAUGAGAAAGUGGAGCAAAGCGAGAAGCUGGAGCAGGCUGGAUCUUCUAGGUGCUCUGAUGGUCAGAUUUCUCUGCAGAACAUCACAUGUGAUGUUCAUCAGGAAGCUCCGAGCUCUAAAGUCCUCCCCUCUUCUGAAGAGCAGCAGAGGAAGGAGCAUCUUCAGGAGGAGUGUGUCGAAGAUAAUCUGUCCGAAGGAGAGAUUAAGUCCCCGUUGACAGAACAACAGGACAGUGAAGUGGCCAUGAGCAGUGAGACUAAACUGGGUGAAGGAGGAUUCGGUGCUGUUUUCAAGGGAGUGCGAUGCAAGGAUGGCUUUCCGGUGGCACUGAAAUUUGUCAAAAAAAACGAAAACAUGAAAUAUAUCAACAUUCCUGAUCACGCCGAACCCGUUCCCCUGGAAAUCGGCCUGACCGUCCUUGCCAAUAAGGGUCCCAGCUCACCCCACAUCGUUGAGCUGCUGGACUGGCAGGAGUUUCCAGACCAUUAUGUUAUGGUCUUGCAGUGCCCCUCGCCCUGUGAGAACCUGUUUGAUUAUUUGGAGCGCUGUGGAGGCAUCUUAGAUGAAAACCUUGCACGGCACGUGAUGCAGCAGGUCGUCGAGGCUGCUGACAAAUGCUGCAGCCGCGGAGUUCUUCAUAGAGACAUCAAACUGGAGAACUUGUUAGUUAACACAGACAACCUGGACGUGACUCUGAUUGAUUUUGGCUGCGGGGACCUGCUGCAUGAAAUGCCGUACAGCACCUUUAGUGGUACAGAGGAAUACUGCCCCCCUGAAUAUUCAGAGACGGGCAAGUACCACGGACGGCCAGCAACAGUGUUUUCACUGGGGGUGGUUUUGUACACUUUGGUCUGCGGCUAUUAUCCAGACCACACCGAUCUGGACAAGAGCAAGAACUGGCUGUGGUAUCUGCCCAGCUUGUCAAAAGAAUGCAGCCAUUUGAUCAACGCCUGCCUGCAUCCCAACCCCGAGGAGAGAAUGCCUCUUGACAGACUCCUUCUCCACGACUGGUUUAACGUCAUCCCAAAAGUCGUAGAGACAAGAGCACCCUGCUACGGCCACACAGGAAGUGCCCUGCAGUCAGCGUAG